AAUUCUCGGGCAACUCUGACACUAACAGGAAAAACUAAAUCUAAGAUGAGUAUUUUUGCAACUUUUUGGGUGAUUCUUUUGUCUAUAGCUACUUCUGUUGUAGCCAUUCCACAAAGUGAUUUCUAUUCAUUUGGAACUACUGCUGGAGAUAGUUCAGUACCAAGAGGAGAUGACAACUCAUCCCCAAUUGUAUCUCUAACUAUCAUCGCUUUUCCGUACUAUGGACAAUUUCACAACCAACUUUAUGUGAAUACCAAUGGACACAUCACAUUUUUUUCUCCUUCUGGUGCAUUUAUACCAGCGCCAUUUCCUCUUGCAGAUAACCUUCAGCUUAUCACUCCCUACUGGGUUGACUUAGAUACUCGAAACCCUCUAAGUGGUCUAGUAUGGUAUCGCAUUGCUACUGAUUCAACAACUCUAAGGAGAGCUGCAACUGACAUUCAAAGAGCAUUUCCAAACCAACGUCCAUUCACUCCGGCGUGGUUGCUUGUUGCAACAUGGGACCAUGUUGGGAGAUAUAAUUACGAAGUUGAUGUGAGAAGCACUUUUCAAUGUGUUUUGGCAACUGAUGGUCAGUCAACUUUCGUAAUAUUCUUGUAUGCUGAUGGAGGGAUUGAGUGGGACUUUCCCGGUCAAGUGGGUCUGAAUGCUGGUGAUGGAAUUCGGUUCUUUAGCCAUCCUGACUCAUUUUCUUCACGACUCACUAACAUUCACACUACAAGCAACGUAGGGAUUCCUGGAGUUUGGAUAUUUAAAGUGGACGGAGAAGAAGUUGUGCCUGCCGGAUGCUUAAAUGAAAACAAUAUUCCAAUCACUCUUACUCCCCGGUAUGGCCAUCUUUUUGGCGGUACCCCGGUUAUUGUUACGGGGCCCUGUUUCUCAGUGAAUGACUCUAUUCGGUGUAUGUUUGGGAGUACAGAGCAAUCUGCUAUAAAAUUCAUCAGUGAAGAAUCAGUUCUCUGUGUUUCUCCACUUUUGACUAAAAUAGGUUCAACCAGAUUCACUCUGAUUAUCAAACAAAAAGAUAAAGAUGACGAAAUAAUCUUUGAGUCCACUUUCCUUGCUGUGUCUCCGGACCGUGCUCAUGUUGUGAACGUAACUACUCCUUCGCUUAUGGUAAAGGCUAAUAUUGAUGCAAAAAUACAAUGGACUCCUGAAGAUAUUAUUCCAACCUAUAUACCGGAAAGUUUCAGCCGCUCAGUUGAUGUUAAUGUAUUGAUGUUCUAUCAGAAUUACAAGCAAGAUAAAGACUCAAAUUGGCAAGUAGACUGGACACCUGUAGAGGAGGGUUUAGAGAAAAUACCUUUAUCAUCUGGUGAAACGAUCUUCAAGUUUCCUAAGGUGACUUCUGACUGUAUACUGCCUCUGCACGACAGAGCUUCAUUUGUUACAUCUUCAAUAUGCCCAAUCAUAAUCAAAGUUUCUGUCAGCGAAUCAAGUAGGAAUUCUGAGCUGCUCCUGCCUUCGAAUAUUGGUGUAUGGUCUGGUGUGUAUUACCUUAACAAUGAGAAUAGACAUCUAAGUGUAGAGUGUAGCGAUUGGGAUACUAAGGAAAUGAAGUCGCUUGUAUCAGGACCGAAUCUCUUGAAUAUGGUAGCAGCUUGCCCCCCAACGGAAUUAUUAGCAAGAAAUGACCGAGACUAUCAAAUCGAAGAAAUGACUUCCCUUUUCAGGAAAACCAAUUUCAAUCAAACCUUUAUGGAAUUUUUUCAUUCCGGGAUUGAAUGUUGCUAUCGGCAGUCGACGGCUACGCCGGAAGGAUUUGGGCAGCAAUGUUGCUACAAAUCUGAUGGUAAUCUUAUUACAGGAGAGUCUGCUGGAGGAAGUGUGGACAUUAUGUCACCGAAUGUUGACUACAACAGACAUAUAUCUGACGAUGUAGUGCCUUACGUUACUUGCUGUCAAGCUGUUAAUGCGAGGUGCAACAAGUACUAUCAAUGGAGGCCUUCUGGCAACGAAACACAAUACGCCUUACCUGUACCUGCUUGUAUCUAUGGUGACCCUCAUAUUGUUACACUUGAUGGGCUCAAGUAUACAUUCAAUGGGAAAGGAGAAUUCACUCUGAUCGAAACUCUUGAUGACUCCUUCACUUUACAAGGAAGAAUGGAUACAAUCCUAGACCCGGACAACAACCCAACACCAGGCACUGUGUUUACUGCACUCGUUGCUAGACAGCAUCAGACUAGCACCACUGUACAGUUUGACCUUCGACCAACGGGAAUUAGAGUUCAACUGAAUGGCAACACGCUCAACUUUGAAGACUUGCCACAAAUUGCUACAGACUACGUAACAAUCGCUGAUAAUGGAAAUAGCUCUGUUAGUGCUUUCUUUAGUGAAGGAGUUAAGAUGGAGCUCAAAACCGAGAACGGUAUUAUCUCUGUGAUGCUAAUCACACUACCAAACUCUCUAAAUGGAAUGACUCGUGGGUUAAUGGGAAAUUUCAAUGGGGAUAAAAGUGAUGAUCUGAUUCCAAAAUCUGAGACAGAGUCAAUUUCUACCAAUUUAUCGAUUGAGAACAUCCACCAACUGUUUGGCGUCACUUGGAUACUACGGUCUCAGAAUGAGAGCUAUUUCACAUACAUGCCAGGUCAGAGUUUUUCAGCCUUUUCUGAUCCCUCAUUUGUCCCCAUGUUUCAACCAAGUUUUGACAACAUUGAGCUGGAAGAGCAAGCCAGAAAUGUGUGUGGAGAUGAUGAGUUUUGUCUGUUUGACAUUGCUGCCACAAAGAAUGUCGACAUAGGAAUGGCUACCAUGCAAGGUGGAGAACAAUUUAAUGAGAUAUUGGAAAUGGCUACACCAAUUGUGUGUGAUCCUUCAUGUGUGAGUGGUGCUUGCGUACAAAAUAACACUUGCAGUUGUAGUGAAGGAUAUGAAGGCGACAUCUGUGACACUGCAGUGGUGCUUGGCUGUGAUGUUAACGUUUGUGAAAACAACGGAACUUGUACGAGGCAUGUACGAACCUUCACCUGUAAUUGUUCUGAUGGGUUUAUUGGUGCUUUCUGUCAAGAAAGAGAACCAGAGUUUGGUAUUUCACUGGUUAACAGCAGUCCUCGAGUUACUGAUGGAGCUGUCACUAUCGACUUCACUACGAACAGGCCUAUCAGCUUUGCACAGUGUUUCCUCACUGGGCAGACACGUCGAAACUGUGGUACUUCAGGCCGGGUGGAGUACAAAAACUUACUUCCUGGGUCGUAUGUAUUCAGAAUUUCAGCAAGAUCACUUUCAGGAGAAAGAGCUGUUCUUCGAAGAACUGUACAUAUUGGUGAAAGUGGUGAUACUGAUUUCUGUGCUGUUCAUUUGAUUAAUGAGGGGAUAGUGGUUGACAAGACAUCAGUAUCUCUGUUCUUCCAAAGUACCAGUGCUGUGGAUUACAACCGUUGCCGACUGAAGGGCAAUAACACUGACACGGAACUAUCACGUUGUAGAAGUCCUGUUCGUUAUCAUAAUCUGGCUCUUGGAAAUUAUCGAUUUCAAGUAAUUCCUGUUGGCUGUAGUAAAGAGAAAAGACUCUCUGUCAGGCUUGAGAUUAUUUAAAGGGGACAGAGUGGAAAGAACAUUGAAUUUAAACUAUAAACAUUAAUUGUAGAUCUAGCUAUAUAUACUGUGACGUAUACUUGUUAGUAUAGUUGCUAUUAUUAUUAAAUCAGACUACAGUGUAAUUUAAUUAAUAGUCUUGCUUGUGCAGACAUGCAGUGUAUUAAACUUGUUGCAACAUGCACACUUACGUGUCUUUGUACAGUUUUGAGUUUGCUUUAGCUGUGAUUCUAUCAUCAUGUACAGUGGAAUUGAAUCUCUAUAGUUAUGACAGACAGCAAA